CACUAACUAGCUUUACAAUUAGGCCCUUAUAUUUAGGUAUAUGUAAAAGAGAAUGACAAUUAGCAUUAAGGCCAGUUUGGAAUUAGGAUCUGCUGAUACUGAUGGAGGCAAGAUUUGUCCAAAGCCAGAGAGCAGCCUUUGACACCAUGGUGCCCCUCCUUUUGAAGCACCUGGCUACCUCCCUGACUCACCAAGUGGCCCAGAUGAGCCGGUUAAAUAUGACCUUCUCCUCACCAGCAGCUAGUGCUUACAGAUGUCUCUGCACCCUCACCACAGCUCCCCGCACACUGUUCCUGUCAUCAACCAGAGUCAGCUCCAUCCAGCCCCCCUCGUCUGGCUCCACUGCUCAGUGUGGACCACCUCUGUUGGGACAGUGCCAGUAUCUUCCCUGCAUCCAGCCCUCUGCAGGGAUGAAAACCAAGUCUGCCCUGAAGAGGCGCUGCAAAGACUGUUUCUUUGUGCGACGGAGGGGACGUUUGUUUGUGUUCUGCAAGACAAAUCCGAGACACAAACAGAGGCAGGGCUAAAGUGUUGAAGGAGUAUUGAGAAGAUUGUUUUAAGAUUGUAGACAUUUAGAAGAACUGUGCUGCAAAAAUAAAUGGUUUGGCUUAAGAAUAUGCAAAGCUCAUGACACAUUAUGAGUUAUAAUGUUCUGUUGACGUCAUGUUCUUCCACAGCAUUUUAUAUAGUAAAGCUAAAAUGAGGUUUAGUUUAAAUUAAGUUAAACUUGAGCAUAAUACAUUUCUCUUAAGUAGAUAAAGGCAUAGUCAGCAAUGCUUUGAACAUAUAGUGUAAAUUAUAGGUUUAUGCAAGAGUACAAGGUGAAAUGGAAAUAAAAAGGCAUUUAUCUGUUUCUCUAUA